ACUCCAGUAAGAGAGCUGCGAGCGCGUUUAUAUUUAGACGCUAGUCGUUCUUCUCCCGACGAUCAUUGUCAGUGGAUUAUUCAUUAGCCUUUUGUGUCAUGUAUUCGACUGUCAAAUUUUGUGUCCCGUGUUUGAACUGUAAAAUUUUCACUAACCAUUAUAUUGCAUGUUAACGUUAAGUAAAUUUUGUAGACAUGGUGAAUAUAGAUAUGAUACAAUUAACCUAUCCGCUUCACUGGCUCGUGUGGAACAACAAGUACGAUGAUCUCGACAAAGAACUUUCUACUAAAUUGCAUGAUAAGGAAAAAUGCGAUAACAGAGGCAGAACUCCUUUGAUGUUAGCUGUGACUCUUGGUCAUGCUGAAGCGGCGCGAAUUUUACUCCAUCACCAAGCCAAUGUUAACACGGAGAACACGCAGGGCUGGAGCGUGGUCCAAGAAGCCGUUGGGACCGGCGAUCCAGAAUUACUUCAAAUGGUGCUAGAGCGUCGGGAUUACCAAAGAUACACAAACCGAGUCGCAGGGAUUCCUGAAUUGCUUCAUAAGCUUAAACAAGCGCCUGACUUCUAUGUAGAAAUGAAGUGGGAGUUCACCAGUUGGGUUCCUUUAGUUUCACGGAUGUGCCCUAGCGAUACGUAUAAAGUUUAUAAGCAGGGCAGUAAUGUUCGAAUCGACACCACACUGCUCGGUUUCGAUCAUACUAAUUGGCAACGUGGAAAUCGUAGCUACAUUUUCAAGGGUCAAACUGCAACGAAUGCUCCCGUGGUAAUUAGAUGUGCACGCAGUUACGUGUUCAGCAUGCUGGGACAGCAAUCAGAUGAUGGGGCAACGAUGAUGGAGGUAGAUCAUGAGACAAGGAAAGUUUACGUCGAGCAUAUGAAAUUAGUCGGCGAAGACACCGAGCAAAUGAUAUUACCUUCAGAAGAGAGCAUAAUCGCGCGGCUUACUAAUCCAAUAGUUACAACAUAUAUAGACACUGAGAAAAUCAGCUUUGAAAGGAAUAAAGCAGGGUUAUGGGGUUGGCGUUCUGAUAAAAGUGAAGCUGUAAAUGGACACGAUUGUAAGGUGUUCAGUGCGAGCAAUGUGGAAUUGAUAACCAAAACACGUUUGGAACAUUUGUCCGAAUCAGACAGAGCUAGAGCUCGCGCACCUCGAACACCUCUUCAAUCUUUUCUCGGAAUUGCAGAACAACAGCAAGAGAAUACCAACAACACCGCCAGUGAGGAGUUUAUUAACAUUGGUAACCCCUGUAACAUUACGCCUGAAGAAUAUUUUGAUCCAGAUUUUGAUUUGGAGGGUAAAGACAUUGGAAGGCCGAAAGAAGUUAAUACAAAGAUACAAAAAUUUAAGGCAACUCUAUGGCUUAGUGAAGAGUAUCCUCUGAGUUUGCAAGAGCAGAUUAUGCCUAUCGUAGACUUGAUGGCAAUAUCCAGCUCCCACUUUGCCAAGCUGAAGGACUUCAUUCAAAUGCAACUUCCAGCUGGAUUCCCCGUCAAAAUUGAAAUUCCAUUAUUUCACGUACUAAAUGCCAGAAUAACAUUCGGCAAUAUCUUUGGAUUAGAUCAAGAAGUGUCUAAUGUUGGAAGACUUCAAGAUGGUAAUAAAAUAACUUGUUUGGUUGACGAUAUUUGCUUUGACGCUCCACCUGGAUACACCAAAUUAGGGGCUGAUGUUAGACGUCAAUUUAGUAUUGAGGAAGAGGAUGAUUUACUGCAGUUUGCUAUCCAACAAAGUCUCAUCGAAGCAGGGAGUGAACGUGACGAGGUUGAUAUAUGGGAGGCUUUGAGAGCACAAAAACCAUCCCGACCAACGACACCUAAUAUCACCAGUGAGGAGGAGAGACAGCUUCAAAGAGCUAUUCAAGCUAGUCUGGCACUGUAUCAAGAGACAAUUGGUGGGUGUGAAAUUGAAGAGGCAAGUCCAGCGAGUGGAGGUGGGUCAAAGAGUGGGGAGACUUGUGAAGCACUGGAGGGACCAGCAGAACAACUCAGAUUAGCGUUGCGACUAUCAGAGCAACAGCAAUUAGAAGAAGAACAACGUCGUCUUCUAGAAGAAGAAACAUUUCAACAAGUGCUUGAACUCUCUCUUACCGAUAAGUGAACCUUAAAACUUUACACCAAUAGUAUUUCUCAAUCGGUACUUGGUACUCAGAAAAUGAAAAUCUUACAAUUUUGUGGUAGACGGGCUACGAGGUAAACUGAAUUUCUUUUUAUGAUCUAUAUAAUAUUUAUUAUUAGGUAAAUAAUUUCUGUUGCUAACAAAAAAUAUUUGUUAUUGAACUAUUCUAGUAUGUUAUAUAUAAUUGGUGAGAAAGUUAAUGCAAUGUUAGUUAAGAAAAUGAAUGAUUUAAUUUAUUAUGUUACUUAUUUCUUAGCUACAUUUUAUAUGAACAAAAAAAAAAAAAACUAACAUGGACACUGCCAAGUCAUUAAGUAACCAUGACUUGUGAAAACUGAUACGAUAAAAAAUAUUUCCGUUACCAUAAUAUAACAGGAGUGUUAAAUACUCAAAUUUUACCAGUUCCUAUGGCGUUCGAUUGUAGUACUUUUGAUACACACUCUAAUUUAUGCCUUAUAACAUUGUAAUAAUCUGUCAAUUCGUGAAAACACCAAACGCUGGUCGUUCUCAAUUCCUAAAUUACGUUUUCUCAUUCUUUGUCCCAAGCUGACUGAGUUGACUGUUUAAUGAAAACUGGAAGUAUCUACAACACAAAUUACGGCUUGAAGCAUAAUUUUGAAACUUUACUUCGUUAAAAUGCAAUCUGUAAAGAAAAAAAAAAAAAGAAAGAAAGAAAGAAAUGAAAUGAAUAUCUGACUAUUGGCACUGAAAAAUCUUUUUGUCGGCAAUCGUAUAUGUAUGACGGUUUUGAACUGUAUAAAAAAUGAUCACAGUUCGAUCAGGCCGUGAAAGAGGUUCCAUAGUAUGCAGUUCGAUAUGCCUUUAUAUGUACAUUCAUCAAAUAUGUUCAGUUGAAUACUUUAUUCAUAUAGACUUCCAUACAUACAGAUACAGACUGAAAAUUUAAUUCGUAUUGAAUCAAAACUCUCCACUAGAUUGCUAAGAAAUAAAAUAAUUCACAAAAAUGUUUAACAAAAAUGAAGUAUUUUAUGAUGAAGCGAUGAUAAUUCAGUUUUACAUGAUUGUAGUGAUUUUCAAAGUAAGCCAAUAUAAGAAAUCUUGUAAAAAGAAUCGUACAAUUGCUGUAGAAAAAAAAACAGACCAAGCUAUUCAAACUCCGUUUGAGCCCUGCAACAGAUGGUAAUGCAUAUGAAGUGUUAAAUAUGAAUGCGUUCAAAUUACUCAUUCAAAAUACACGCAUUUCACGAUAAUAUAAGAUGGUAGCAAUGGUUUCAUGUAUAGGUAUAUUUCAAGAAAAAUAA